GUUCACUUUUAAAUUAAUCUUCAUAGAAAAGGUGUAUCAAAAUUAGCUGCGAGAAAAUUCAAAUUUUGGACAAAAUGAGAGCAAAAUUAGGUCCUGUCGUGACAGCGGUGAUGUACCUCGAUAAGAAGAAAGGAGUAAGCGUCUCAGAUGUCGCUGACUUUCUACGUCACAACUACGGCCUCAAAACUCUCCCGGACUAUAAGAAGUCUUUGAAACUAGCAGUAGAAGAGGGAUUCUUGACCGUCAGACACAACCGCUUCUACCCUGCACUGAACGAGGACACACUCUUGGAGGCGCGUAGGAGACGGAAACGUUCACUAAAGCGUCGAAGAGGUAGACGUCACGACGACAACGAUGAGGUAGUCGUAGCCCGCGGUCGCAGACAACAAAGAUAUCGGUACAAAAGGGGAAGCCGUAAACAAACGGGACGGAAACGUGAAGCAGACAGUGAACUGAUAGAGGCUCGACGCAGGAGAAGGUCUAUUAGCAAAAGACUCCGGAGGAAUAGCAUUAUCCAGGCUCGAAGAAGACGUAGGUCUAUAAGACGUCGCAGUGAUGAUUCCGACGAUCUCACUAUGGCUCGUCGACGCCGGAAGAGAUCCACACGACGCGCUAGGAGGCGAGAUGACUACGAUGAACUCAUCAUGGCUCGUCGUCGCCGUAAGAGAUCUACAAGACACGCUAGGAGGCGAGAUGACUCCGACGAACUUACCAUGGCUCGUCGUCGCCGUAAGAGAUCUACACGACGCGCUAGGAGGAGAGAUGACCUAGAUGAUCUCACUAUGGCUCGUAGAAGACGCAGGUCUCGUAGAAGCACGCGCAGACGUCGAGGUCGCAAACACGAAGAAUCAUCUGUUCCUCAAGAUCAAGCUGGAGAGUCUUCCAACAAUCCUCCAGAGCCGUUGGAUCAGCCAUCGCAAUAAUUAUAUUUUGUCGAAUUUCCUUUUUGUCAUGUCCCAUCGAAUAAAUUAUCGUCCUCUAUG